AUGGACAGCGAAAGCGAAAACGAGCAGGGGAAGGAACAUGCGAACGGGAAGGUGAACAACAUGGAGGAGGUACACGAAUUUGUGUUCUCCCAAAAGGAGAAGGUAAAGAGGGAGCAUAUAGAACUAAUUAAGAAUAACAUCGAGGACAUUUUGAAGGCGGGCAAUGAAGAGCUGUUUGGGUUGCUUAAUUUGCUGUUUUUCACGAAGGAUACCAAUUAUGUAAAGAACAAUUUAUGCAUUUGCCUGCACCAGUUAUCCAGAACAUUGAGUGAAAUAAAUGUAGAGGAUGUGAAAAAGAAGGUUUUUAAAUAUAUAUUGAAAAAGUUAGAAUACGGGAAGUACAGCUAUUUCGAUAGAGCCCUUUUUUGUAAGAAGUUUUUGUCCUUCUGUUCAGCGUACGAGGAUUUCUCAUCAGAAUUGAGGAACGUAAAAUGCUUCCAUGACUUAUUUGUGAAUUGUCUAUCAUUCUUAGAUAUCCUCUUCUACAGUAAUGAUAAGCUGAGCGAGGCGGGACACAAAUUUCGUAUGCUAAAGAAGGGGGUCAUCAAAAAGUUGAUGGUAAUUUUUUCCAACACAUGUAACAUAAGUAAGAAUGAGAAGGUUGAGGAAGAGAUGGAUUACAUACUAAAUAUGUACACGAAUGAUAAAUAUUUUUCCUACCUAAUUGUAGAAUCAUUUGGUCUAUUUUUAUGUAAAAAUAGCGAAAAGAACCUUUUGGAUAGAAAAAAAUAUGUGGACAGAUUUACCAACAAUUUUAUUAACCUUUUAAAUUCAAACAAAGAAAUUUUACUAAAAAUUAAUAGAUCAUUUAAGUACAUUUUUCAAAGUGGAAAGGAUGAUAAAAUAUUCCAGAGCAUCCUCAAUUAUAUCCAUAGAUAUGAUGAAGUGGCCUUAAUCAAUGCGUCCCCCUUUUAUUACUAUUGUGAAAUGUAUACCAAGGAACACUUUUACACUUUAUUAGAAAUAAUAAUAAAUAUGAAGAAAAAUAAAAAUGUGAAGAAUUGUGAUAUUCUAUAUUUUAUCCUGUUUUAUAAAUUUCACAUAAAUAAUGAGAAUGACUCUAUUUUAAAAAUGCUAAUUGAGAGGAACGAAAAAUUAAAUAUUGUAAAAUUUGAUGAGAAGAUCAUUUUUUUAAAAACCGCCACGUAUUUACUAUCUACCAAUAGAAGCAAAGAAAUAAAGGACAUUAUUUUAACCAACAAAAAUAUGAUAACCAACUAUCUGAAGAAGGAUUUAAAUGAAGAUGUCAAAUUGGAGUGUCUAAUAUUUUUGCGAAGUUUCGGAAGUAUUCUAAAAAAUGACAAAGAUGUGUAUAAAACUUUUUCACCACUAGUUUUAGAAAUUUUAGAAAAAUAUGGAAAGAAUAACGACAAGUUUUUACACUACUGCUUGUUGUUCUAUAUCGAUUUGGUGGACUCCAUCGAGGUUGAUGAGAAGCUGCUUUCCACAUUUAAGGCCCACUUAAACUUUUGCUUAACAAAGCAGAUUUUAAAAUAUAUUUACGGGGUCAACUUAUUCUUGCUUCUAUGCAUAAAGAGUAAACAUGCCUCCUGCGGGGUUACCAUCAACAACCACAUUAACGAAAUUUUGGGGAAAAGUUUGUACAACCAAAGUGAGCUUUUCUACCUGUAUGAUAUAAUUGAGUUGAAGAAAAUUCCCCCGAACAAAUUCUUCUUUUAUCUUUAUUCGCUUGUGCUGCUUCUGCACUUCCUUCUGCAAGAGGAUAAGAAAACCCUAUCAGAGUAUGUAAACGAGAUGAUGAAAGAUUUUUCCACUUUUAUUUACUUUGACCAGUUGGCCAAGACGCACGUAUUGCCCGUGUUACUGGGGGAGAAGAACACGAACAUCGAGGAGGAAAAGAAGAAAAAGGCUCCUGCAAAUGUGCCACACGAAAGUAAAAAGGAAGGAAUGAAAGGAAGUAGCCCCCAAAAUAAGAGGGACAAUAUGCAUAUGUUGACCCUUCUCACCGUGCUGUGUAUGUUGCGCUACCUGGAAGAAAAAAAAUUCGACAAAACAGAGUACAGAAAAAAGAAUGAGAAAAAAUUCCACACCUAUUUGUUGAGUUUAAAAAGGGGAGGAAUUAUUAACGAAGAGAAUUGUGAGUAUCAAAGUUAUGUGGACGACUUUGACAUGCUGCUGGACAUUUUGCUCAUGCAGAAGGAGGUGUAUCAAGUGAUUCUGCACUCGUUCUAUGUGUACCUCUACCUGUAUUGGAACAGUGGUCCGAGAUUUAAAUGCGAUAAUGGGUACGUUUUGAGGCGCUUUCUAUUCAUCCUAUUGUCUUAUGUGGCGAAGAUUGAAUUGGACCCGACGGAAAGGAAAAAUUGCUAUUUCCUCCUGUUGCUAUGCUUUUGCCACCCGUGCAUAUUUUACAAAAACUUGAGGAGCUCCAUAAGUAGGAGAAGAAUGAAGAGGUAUAUAUGUGGCAGAAUAUUGAGCCACGUGAACCUAGAUGCGAUUAUAGCUUUUAUCGUGAAAGGUUCCGAUUACUACAACAGUGAGUUGCACAAGAGUGUGUGCUUACAUUUGAUCGAGGUAUUUUACAUUUGGGAAAUUUUACCACCAUGGGAGAAAAGGAAAGUUGCGAAAGGUAGUCUCGUGGGGGAAGCAAAUGUGUCAAUUUUGGCAAAUCGGGCAGAUAGCGCAAAUUUGGGAGAUGAACUAGAUAAAGAGAAGAAGAGAAAAAACAAAAAGGUAAAAUUCGCACUUGGUGAUGAGUCCAACUGUGCAAAUAAAUAUUCAGAGGAAGCGAAUGAUGGACGAAACUUGGUAACCUUACACGAUCCUGAAGUUAGGAGAAAGCUAACUGCUUUUACGUGCAAACUGAUCGAAAUGCUAGAUGAUAGUAGCAUAGAAAAUGUGAAAGAGGACGAAAUUGAAAUUUGCAAAUGUCCGUUUAACUCGCUCUACGUGGACAAGAAUGUGUAUCAGCCAACCGUCGUUGUUGAAAGCAAAAAUUUGAAGAGGAAUAAACAUUUAUUCUCCAUGUAUGAUGAAGAAACUGCGGAAAUGAUCAUGAAGGAAGAACUGAACAAGAGUAAAAAGGCGGCCGCUAAUAGUAGUACAAGCCCAACGAAAGAUAAAAAGGGAAAUAAAAGCAAAGAGCUAACGAAGGAAGACAUAGAAAUGGAAGAAAUAAAGAAGCAAAACGAGAUAAGGAUAAGGGUACACGGAAUAGUGGAACGAAAUAAAUAUAUCCUCCAGUGUAUUAAAAAAAUGAGUUACAUUGAUAAUAUUUACGACACGAAGUAUAUAAAUCUGUUUAUUAAAAAAAUUAUGGCUUUUUUGAAGAACGACUUAACUAGCAGAUAUUCACAGGCCUAUUUGGAUAGAAUAAUUCAGAACAUGAUAAGCACAAAAUUGCUAACCUGCAAAAAUAAGAUUACAAGAUGUUUGUACAAAAUAAGUAAAUACAACAAGGCAGAUGAAUCAGCAGUCAUCAUUUUCAGCUCCUUCAAUAUGAAUGAAAAGAUUUCCUACGUACUGACGUUAUUUUUAUUCCCCAUAGUGCUGCACAGUAUUAACAUAAUAAAUGACAAAGACGCAACUUUGAAUAUUUUGAAGACGCUGGAUAUUCUCCUUCACUCAAAGACGAAAAUUAAUGAUGAAGAUGCGCUCAAGUGUUUACAAAUUUCGUUUGAAAAGUAUCCCGAUCUGGAUAUAGAGUUGGAGUCCUUCCUUGAUAACUUCAAUUCGUAUUUGCUAAGUGAAAAAAAUGUAAAGGCGCUCCUCGAACUUUGCAUAACGGAGAAUGAAAAACGUAGGAACGUUAUCAUUAAAUCGUUGUACAAAUUUGUGAAAGAUGAAGAUACCAAGGGGGAAAAAAACUCAUUGCACACAAUUUUUAACAGCGAAUUUAUACACCUAUAUGUGAAUAUUUUCCUGAAUGAUUACAACGAGGAAACGCACAAGUGCUGCGAGGAAAUAAUUCGUACCUUGGGAAUUGCUCCCGUGUCGGAUCAGUUUAAGCUAAUAGAUUUGUUACAAAAUGAGUGCUGCGAUUUUCAAAAUAUGGUCUGUAAAGCCAUUGUGGCAUCAACGGAUAGGAAAAAAACGAAGGAACUACUCCUACAACUAACAUCCAAAUAUAUAACCUUUAAGGAGUUGGGAAAAAUUGGAAUAUUGAAAACGAUGGAGGAGCUGACUAAGGAACAUUUUGUCAUCCUCAUCGACGAUGUAGAAUUUAUUUUAAAUUUUCUGCUAGGUUUAUGUUUAGAAGAAAAAGGGGACAUUUCGAAGGUUAAGGAGUUUGUCCUUACGUGCGGUUCAUCGGUGAUUAACUCGUAUAAUGAGUAUUUGCUUAUGAGUAAAAGGAAGGCGAGCAAAAAGAAGGGGAGCAAAAAAGGUCCAAAGAGUGGAACGAGCAAAAACGCCAAGGGGAAGAAGAAGUCCCCAAGUGGAAAACACCAAUUGGGCGAAUCAGAGGAGGAAAACUAUUCACAGGAGGAUGACGAUUUUAAGUAUUACUCCUCAGACGGGUCUGCAUCAUCGACGGAGGUUAAUAGUAGGGGCAACUCGAAUAAUGGAAAUAAAGAAUUAGAAGAAGCCUUCCAGAGAAUUUACAAAGUACUGAACAAAUAUCGUGACAACAAAAAGAGCAACAACAAAAGCGUGGUCGACUUGGUCGUUGUGAUGUUCUAUGGGUGCUUAGGAGCUAACUUGAAAAAGGAAUCCCUUGAGCUGCUAAACAAGCUGAUAGAACAGAUUUUACACAAAGACACGGAUAAUUUUACCCAGAUAGAGAUAAGCAGCAUAAUCCCUAAAUUUAUCGAAAAUUUAAAAAGUGAUAAGGAAGACUUCGAUGAUGAGGAGGAAGAUGAGGAACUUGACGAACUGGAUCAGAUGAACCAAAAUAUGACAAGGUCACUAAAUAGCCGGAUGAACAGUGCGAAUAAGAAAAAAACAGUCACCUUUUACAUCGACGGGAAGGUACACAGCACUCCUAAGGGGGAAAAAGGCGGAGCAACCACGGUAGCAUUAAAUGGUGACAAAAAGGGUGGAAAUGUAGCUCCAUCUGGUGAAGGAAAGGAAGGCGAAAGUGAGACGCAACCAGGAGGAGGAAAAAAAGGAAAGAAGAAGAACAAGGGGGACAAAGGAAACAACAAAAUUAAUAGUAGUAGUAACCCCCUUAGUUGUAGUGCCCACGCAGAUGGACUUCUUUACCUGGAAAAUUACGAUGUAAGUAUAUUGGUAGAGAAAAUAUUUUCCAUUGUUCAAACGCACAAAGAUUUGAAAGUGAGAAAAGGGUGCUGCCUACUUCUGGGAAGUGUUGUAAAAGCACACGGCUUGCAUAUACUAAAACGGUUCAACAUUUUGGGAAAAGUAAACUGCAACAUAUAUUCAGAAGAUAUAAUUAAGAGGCAGAGUUUUUACCUUAUCUAUGGAUAUUUAUUCAAAGUGUUGAAAAUAAAAUUCGAGCCGUACAUUUUGAAGAACUUUAAAUUGUUGCUAGAAUGUUACAAGGAUAAUGUGAAUAAUAUAAAGGUCCUUGGAGUAAGUGUCAUUGAGGAAAUUUUAAAUGACUUAGGUCAGUAUGGAUUGAAGAAAAUUUUACCGUUCAUCAUUUUUAGCUUAAAAAAUUCGAGCAUUAGAAAUAAAGAUAUAGUUUCCUAUUUGGAUACGCUGCAUUUAAUCAUUUCCAAAUUUGACAUCGUUUGCUGUGUGGACAAUCCGACGUUGGCUAAUUUGGUGAACUUGCUAUGCGAGUUGGUAUCCGAAACAAAUUCCAAAGUGAGGGAAAUAUGCAUAAGGAUUUUUAACAAGUUGGAAAAAAUGAUACAAAAUGUGGAAAUGAAGAAUAUCAGUAGGCAGCUUUUGUUAUGUAUAUACUCCCCAAAUGAUAACCAUUUGUGUGACUUUUUGGACAUUUUUUCUGCCAUUUCGUUUCAGUACAAAAUUGAUAACAUUUCGUUGUGCCUAUUAUUUCCAGUUAUUAAAAAGGGAAUAAAUAACAUCCGAUUGGAUCUGAAGAAGAAAGCUUUGCAAAUUUUAUAUUUCCUAAUUUAUCUGGUGAACGAUCAGUCGCUGUUCCUUAUUUACUAUGAUAGUAUUUUCAAACUUUUAAUUGUUCUUUUGAAUGAUGCAAUCCCAGAGAUAAGAUUUUUGACGGCCAAAUCGGUUGGAAAUAUUUGCUACUUCUUGGACGUGAAUAAGAAGCUCUACUACAUUCAGUACAUUUUUAACAUCCUCAUUAAUACGGAAUCGUCGGUAGAGAAGAGUGGGGUAUCCUUAUGCCUGUCGUCCAUCCUGGCCAAGUGUUCGGAAACCAUUGCUGAGCAUUUUAUAUCCACUAUUGUGCGUCUCAUCGAUGUGAAGAAAUACAUCGAGAUGAAGAAUAGGCACGGGAAGAAGGCAAAGCAAAUGGAGGGUAAGAUGAUUAAAGGGGGAAGGAAGGGACCGAAGAAGGGAGGCGCUGGAAAAGGCUCCAAAUCGGUCACAAAGGGGAAAGUCGCAAUGGAAUUCUCCAGUGAGGAGGAGGAUGACGACGAUGACGAGGAUGGGGUGCAGUUCGUUGAUAGUGACAUGGAGGAUGGUGCAUAUUCGACUGGAGAGGGGGAUGAUGAUAACGACUAUGAUGAUGAAGGUGAUACAGAGGAGGACGACAACGACAAUGAGGAUUAUGAUGAUGAAGAAGAGGAGGAUGAUGAUGAGGCCGAUGAAGGCCACCACGAUGACCAGAGCAGCGGGGACGAAAUAUACACCCUGUCGGACGAAAGCGAGGAUGCCGAUUUUGAGGCGGACGAAGAGGGUACGUCGUCCAGGGGGGGAAGGUACUACGAAGAGGAGGAUGACAACGAGGAUGUGGAGGACGAAACCGAUGAGGACGAUGACGACACGCUGACCGAGGAAGAAAGCGAUAGUGACGAUGACGUAUUGAGCAAAAAUGCUGAAAAAAAGUCGACCUAUUUGAGCGGCCUGUACUUAAUAGAAAAGAACGAAGAGAAUGAUUACCGCGUGCAGAUAGAUGACGAUUUGGCAAAUUGGAACCUGGUGUAUGAUAAGAAAAUUAUAAAAAAUGAUAACUCGAAGGAGGGACUCAUUGGUUUUUUCAUAUACAUUCCGGAGUGUGCCCCGAGAUAUACAGAAAGAUUUUUAAAAAAAAUAUUGCAAAAGUUGCUACUCUGCCUUAAUGAUACAAGUGAGAAAAUAAGGGACAUAGCCCUGAGGUCUUGCAAGGUGCUGAUCGGCAUAUUCUCCAGAGACAACACGUCACUCAUUUUAAAGUUCAUCGAAAAUAAGAUAUAUAAUAGUUAUUGGAGGAUUAGGAAAGACACAGUGCUCUUGCUCAAUGUACUGAUUGAAAAAAAUAUAGAAAUUAAUAAGGAAGAAAAGGACAUAGAAACAUUGAACUUAUUGCAUGAGAGGUUUUACUUUAUGUUGUCCCUCAUAUGCAUUAUGAGAAAUGAUAAGAAUGUAAAUGUGAGGCAAACCGCCUACAGUAUUUACAAAAAUUAUGUGAAUAAGAGAAUAUUACAGGAAAUGUGGCCCAUACUGCUGAAGAAGAUAACGCAGAACUUGUCCUCUAGGAGUACUUCAAAGCAAGUCAUCAGCGCGUCAGCAUUGAGCGAUUUAGUUUUCAAGACAGACACCAAUAAUUUGGAAAGCAUAUUAGAGAAUAUGGUCAACGAGUUUAAAACGACAAAAUGUACCUCCAUCAGGAAGGGAAUUUCUCUCGGAUUUUGCGAAAUUUUUUCCAAAAAUAAGUACCACAAUUUGGUUGUUACACAUGUGCAUAACAUUAUUCACAUGAUUAAAGAAUUGGCCAAUCAUAAAAAUACAGGAGAUAUAAUAAAAUCACUUUCCCUGUUGCUAAAAAAUAUUGAUCAAGUUGUUUUGAAGGGUAUCAUUAACGAAUUUGUCAAUGACGUUAUGGUUGCCAGUGAGAAUAGGAAUAGCCUGAAAAAGUUUACUUCCAAACAGUAUAUCAGUUUUAAGAGCAUUAAAAUUUUCCUAAAUGUGCACACAGAAUUGGUCAUUGAUCUUAUUGUGGAUAAAGCCUUGGUACCUCCGUACACCGCUGCGAAGAUGAAGCUCUUGUCCUACGUUUCGUAUGCCAAGUUGAGCAAUUACACUAUCCUGUUUAGGAAACUUGUGCACAUUUUUAUCAAUUUGAUUCUACGCGGGAUGAGGGAGUUUAGGAGCCACGGCUUUGACAUGAAGAACUACUGCGCGGUUGCAUCGUACAGCAUGGAGGAGAACAACCAAGGGGGCGAAAAAAAGGAUGUUUCUGCUUCCACGGAGGAGUUAAAAGUGGGGAAGUCGGACGGGGAAGAAGCAGAAGAUGAAUCGGAGGAUGAUGAACCGGAGGACGAAACGGAUGAGGAAGAAUAUGAGGAGGAAGAUGACCAGGACAGUGGGCCCUUCCAAACGGACAUGAAAAUACAGGACAUUAUAAUAUCCCUUAAAGGCUUCCUAAAAAAUAUAAGCGACAGAAAUGUGGACACACUGACGGAGAUCCUCUUCGCGGAGCUGCGAAAAAACGACAGCGGGGCCGAUUUGUCCUACUCUGGUUUGGAAAAAUUGGAGGACGAGGAAAAGCUCCCAAAUGGGAACAACCUGCAGGGGGGCAACGCAAACUUGAGCUGCAUGCAUAAUUACGCCAAAAUAUGCAACACAGUUAAAUUAGCCGAACUGAAAAAAUUCGAAAGCACAAAGAGAAGUGGAAAAGUGAGGGAAAUUAUUCUGUCCAUUUUUAAGUACAUGUUGGAUAUCAUAAAUGAAGGGGACAUUUCUGCACUGAAUAACGACUCCCCAGCGGGGCAUGGUUCGAAUGUGGCAGAGCAGAAUAGUAGCCGUAAUGAGGGAAAGCUGCGAAAAAACAAACGGGUCCAUAUACUACACUCGUAUAGAAUUAUUAAUUACAUAAGUAGGAUAUCGAAAUAUGCACUAAUAGAUAUAAACAAGAAGGUGCUGGAAAUCGCGUCCAUCAUAUAUAUGUACCUAAUUGAGCAGAUAAAAGUGCUGGAUAGUAACUGCUCCUACGUGGAAACCUUCCAGGAUGUUAUAAACAAAUACAGCAGUGAUAGAAAUUUUGUGCAAGUGCCAGAUGGGAAGUACGAAAUUGUAGGGUUAAAUAUGAACAAGAAAUUAUUCGCCUCGUUAGUAGGUAUGUGCACACAUGUAAUUCUCGUGUCAACAAAUCCGAAUGUGAAAAUCAAGGCAAUAGACAUCGUGAGGAUGAUAUUUUUAUAUACCAAUAGGGAAGUGUCGAAUCCCCAAAUUUUGAAGGUAUCUGGAAUUUUAAUAAGAGUGUUAACGAAUAAAUAUAUUGAUCAAGCCAAAAUUUACAUCUUCUCAACGUUCGAGGUGCUAAUUAGGAAAGGCAGCAAUUUUAUUCGACCGCUAAUUCCCCAACUGCAAACGUGUAUAAUAAAAUCGCUGAGCAACGAAAAAUUGAAAAAUCAAAUUAUUCACAUUUUGAACAUCAUUUCGGAGAAGAAACUCUCCAGGGUGGAUUUGCUCAUUAAUGAUUUACUGAACAAUAUUAAUAUACAGACAAAUCCGCAACAGUCUAUAACCAUUUUUAUGAUUUUGUCGAACAUUUUGAGCAGUCCAGAGGUGAACAUAAAAAAUAUUUUGAACAAAAUUAUUAACUCAGUGAAGUCAAAUUUUGUGCAUAGCAAUUGGAACAUAUCUUCUUUAGCAUGCAAAAUUUAUGUGCUGCUAAUAUUUUUCCACCUGCCAAAUAAGAGACAGUACUUGGAGUCCAUCCUUAUAGCGGAAAAAGCCAAGAUCGAUUUUAGCACCUACUAUUUUGUUCUACACAUAAGUGAAAUAAGUAAUUUUUAUGACAUCCUGAGGAGGGAAAAUAUGACGGAGUGUUUUAAGCAGGUCUAUGAAAAUAUGCUGAAGGAUGAAAUUAACAGUUUGCAAAACGUUUCCUACCAGAUAUUUUAUAAUAUGUCCAAGCAGGAUGACGAGUGCAUUUCCUUCCUGUAUGGUUUGCUUCCUUAUUUGAAGCUGCCCCCCAUGACAGUAAUUUCGGUGGAAAUUCACCGGUACUAUUUUAAGGGCUUGAAAAACAUCUUUAAAAAUUGCCCCCUCAUUUACAAGGAGAACGAGGCCAACUUUUUGCUCAUCUUGGAUAACCUGCAUUUGGCCCUGUCCAACACGGUCCAAGUGUUUAAGUCACUGGGAGAGAGCUGUGCAAAGCACGUCCUCGAAAUAAACGACGAUCGUCAGCAUAAAGCCAAAAUGAACUUCUUAAAAAACAACCUGGAAGGGACAAAAUAUAAUCUACUGCUUGAACAGGUAAAUCGACUUGUGGCGAAGAAGCAUAGCAUAAAAUCGGACUCCGACUAG